AUGUCGGGUAAUUUAGGACCUGUCAUUAAUGAGUGUGUUCAAGUUGGAGACAUGGUUGAACGGGUUGCGCUCCUAUCUCUCGGCAAAGAUCGUGUGAGUGUGCAGUUAUGCUUCGGAUGCUUCGCCAGAAUAGAUCGACCCAGUUCCCGUUCUUUUCCGGUGCACUCGCUUUAUAUCUCCGACACACAAGGAAGGACGCGGUGGGAAGGAAGCAGCCCUAGCCUCUGUCCGGCCGAUCAUUCCGCUGGCAUCUUGCAUUCACGCCUCCGUUUGACUGUCGCUCGGGGAUGGAGUUGUAGAUACGUUAGUCUUAGCGGAUCGUUGGCUCCACCUGUUAUCUCCUUCUACGACAUGCUGUUGUCGUCGCCAUAUUCCAUAUGUAACUUAGUCAUCUCUGCCUCGCUGCGGGUCAGCCGCACCUCCGAAAGAAACGGAGGACUUCAUUCAGUGACUCCGCGAUCGCCCUCUAAACGAUCAGAAUAAGGUAAAGCUUGAAGAUAAGUUUUGUACUCUAUUAAUUUCUCAGUCCCUCUAGUCAGGUGAGCGUCGGCCGGUCUUUCAACCAGAUCCCCCUAAAAACCGUACGUGCGGGUCUUCCCGCAUGUGGCUCAUGCCAUUCGAGGUGUCCCAGCCCACAUUCAUUCGCAAAUCCUGUAGUUAAAUUGAGACUGCUCGACCUCGGAAGCUAAUUCGUGUGUAGGCAGUGCUGUCUGUCAUAUCGUUGACUCUAUCCAUUCACU